GUGUCACAGAGAGACUUAAAUUGACUGAUUGGAGAAAAAGGAGCGACAUGACAUGAAAAUUUGCUUGCUCAAAGACAGAGAAAGAGCGACUUGAAUAUGAAACUGUUUCUAUCGCUGGUUUCUGGUUUCUUGGAUGAGAACUGAAGUGGUUUAAUUUGAGCGAGCGAGUGAUAAUUUGGUUUCUUUAUUUUACUUUUCUGAAUUUCUUUGAUGGGUAAGACGAUUCAGGUGUAUGGAUUCCCUUCCCAUGUGACUGUAGAUGAAGUCAAGAAGUUUCUGGAAUCACAUUCAGGGGAAGGAACUGUUUUUGCAAUGAAGAUCAGGGAAACCAAAAAUAGGGGUCGAAGAAAAUAUGCUAUUGUUCAAUUCCAGACUGCCAGAGAUGCUGAAUUAAUUAUAUCUUUGACUAAUAAACGUCUUCGGUACGGCACUUCAUAUUGUUACGCACUUCAUAUCUCAAGGCUCUGAGCCUUAUGGACUAAUCCGAUAAUUGCUACCAAUACAGCCCAGAACGUUCUACAACAGCCAAAUGGACCAUAAACACUGCAUUUUGGAUGUCAGAUAUCACAACAAAAGAAAAUUUUCCUGUUCAUAUCAAAAGAAAAGUUUUCUGUUCUAUGGACAGGGACAAAUGUUUCGGUGAAUUUUGGAUUUGGAAUGAGAAAAUUGCAAUUUUUUCUAUCUCAUGGACAAAUGGGCUACAAGCUUGACCUUUCUUAUGAGAAUGUUUGGCAGAUGGAGCUACAUUGUCCACGAGGUCGAUCUGUGAAAUAUCUUCUAAUUCAGUUAUAUGGUGCACCCCGAAUUUUUGAGAAAGAGAUUGCAACAUUUAAUGUGUUUGAGAUUCCGCUUUUCAACGACUUGAAGGAUACCCCUGAUGAGCAAUGGGUCAGGACAAUCGAUUUCACACCAUUCUGCCUUAUUGGGCAUUCAUCUGGAUUAUGUUUGGAGUUUCCUUCCAGCAUUAAUGUUCCAAAAUUUCAGGAGAACUUUUCUUACUAUAAAGAAAGUGAAGGAAUUUUUGUUUUGGAGAAUGGCAAUGCUUUUUCUCGCAAUCUGGAUCUAGUUCCGAUUGUUGGUCCUCCCUCAGGCGUUGAUUUGCCAUUUGAGAUAUUAUUUCGAGUUAAUUUGUUGGUUCAGAAUGGGUGCCUUCCAGGGUCAGCACUUGAUUCUAGUUUUUACGAGUUGGUUGAUCCAAGUACAAUGAAUAUUGACUGCAUAGAGCAUGCUCUUAAGAAGCUUUUUCACUUGAAAGAAUGUUGUUAUGAACCUUCUAGGUGGCUUGAUGAGCAGUACAGAAAGUAUCUUAAGUCUAAGUGCCAUCCAAGAUCACCUUCGAUAUCCCUAGGCUCUGGUUUGGUAUACAUGCGUAGGGUCCAAAUUACACCAUGCAAAGUCUAUUUUUGUGGUCCAGAGGUUAAUGUCUCAAACCGUGUGAUACGCCACUAUUCAAAAGAUAUUAAUAAUUUUCUCCGUGUGUCUUUUGUUGAUGAGGAGUUAGAGAAAAUUUAUUCAACAGAUUUAUGUCCCCGUGCUUCUUCUGGGAAUGGGGAUAGGAGGACUGCUAUUUACAAAAGGAUUCUCUCUACUCUCCAAAAUGGAAUAGUUAUUGGAAAUAAAAGGUUUGAGUUCCUUGCCUUUUCAUCUAGCCAGCUGAGGGAAAAUUCUUGCUGGAUGUUUGCUUCAAGAGACGGGCUCACUGCUGCAGAUAUAAGAGAAUGGAUGGGAAACUUUCGUCAGAUACGAAACGUGGCUAAAUAUGCAGCCAGAUUAGGUCAGUCUUUUGGUUCAUCCACUGAAACACUGAGUGUUCCACUGAAAUACACUUUGAGUGCAAAAUAUCUGCUGAGUUCGCUCGCGCAGAGUGGCGUUGAAAUGUGGGCAACCAAGGUUUCUAUCCAUCUGCAUUCAAAUUCGUUUUAUGGUGGGUAUAAAGCAAUGCAAGAGUCAAUGAUGCUCCAAAUGUUCCGAGCAUCAAAGUUGCUUGAUCUGCGGACAAAAUCUAGAAUCUUUGUUCCAAAUGGAAGAUCUAUGAUGGGAUGUUUGGAUGAGACAAGAAACUUGGAAUAUGGCCAGGUAUUUGUGCAAUAUUCUGGUAGUAAACAUAAGCAGGUGUAUGAUAGUUCCACCAUGGUUGGAGGCAUUGGAUCAGGCAACGGUUUUGUGAUUGAGGGAAUGGUCAUUGUAGCUAAAAACCCAUGUCUGCACCCAGGUGAUAUUCGUGUUUUAAGGGCUGUGAAUGUACCGGAUUUGCACCAUAUGGUGGACUGUGUUGUUUUUCCACAGAAAGGACCAAGACCUCAUCCAAAUGAAUGCUCGGGUAGUGAUUUAGAUGGAGAUAUCUACUUUGUCUGCUGGGAUCCUGAUUUAAUCCCACGUCAGCAACUCCCACCAAUGGACUAUACACCACAGCCAAGUUUGCAACUCGAUCAUGAUGUCACAAUUCAGGAAGUUGAGGAGUAUUUCACCAAUUACAUGUUAAAUGACAGCUUGGGAAUCAUUUCUAAUGCUCACACCGUCUUUGCUGAUAGGGAACCUGCAAAAGCAAUGAGUAAACCAUGUCUGAAACUUGCACGUAAAUUUUCAAUUGCAGUUGAUUUUCCAAAAACUGGAGUACCAGCUGAAAUUCCUUCUCAUCUACGUGUCAAAGAAUAUCCUGAUUUCAUGGAAAAGCCUGACAAACCCACCUAUGAAUCUCAGAAUGUGAUUGGAAAGCUUUUCCGAGCAGUGAGGGACAUCGCACCACAUACAAGCUCUAUUAAGUCCUUUACUUUGGAAGUGGCAAGGCAGUGUUAUGACCCUGAUAUGGAAGUUGAUGGUUUUGAGGAUUAUAUAGAUGAUGCCUUCUAUUACAAAACGAAUUAUGAUUACAAAUUGGGUAAUCAUAUGGACUAUUAUGGCAUCAGAACUGAGGCUGAAAUUCUCGGUGGAAGUAUUAUGAAAAUGUCAAAAGCUUUCACCAAGAAAAGGGACGCAGAAGCAAUUGGUUUGGCGGUGAGGUCCUUAAGAAAAGAAGCAAGAUCCUGGUUUAAUGAAAAGGGAAGUGGAUUAGAUUCUGAAGAAGAUGAUGUUUAUGCAAAAGCCUCCGCUUGGUACUAUGUUACUUAUCAUCCUAGUUAUUGGGGUUGCUACAACGAGGGAAUGAAUCGAGAUCAUUUUCUUAGCUUUCCUUGGUGUGUUUAUGACAAGCUGAUCCAGAUCAAGAGGAAGAGAAGGUGUCAAAAUUUAUCAUUGCUUGAACGCCAGUUUGGGCUUGGACUGCAUUUUCAUUAACAAAUGUGAAAUUUUGAACAUGUCUAUAUGUUCAUAGUCUUGGUUUGAGUUUGCCAGCUAAUCCAGAUCAGCGGAACAAAUCAAGGAUCAACCAGGUUCCUACUUUUUUCUCUUUACACAUUUUCCAUGUAGAUGUGGACUGCUUUUGAGUUUAGAAGGUAAUCAAAAUAUAUGGCUAUACAUAUGGUUAUGAAUAUGUAAUAUUUCAAAGACAAUAUAUGAUGUAAAUGUUUAUGUUCAUAUAAUGGCAGAAGCAGAAAUACCUACUUAGAGUUGACAACAUUUUUUGAUAGGAUAUUGAAGACUAUU